CUUCAAUAAAAAUGAUCGUUUAUAAAAUCUCAAAUUCUUUCAAAUAGAAUUAUUGUCAGCGUAAUUUGAUUUCGGAUUUGGUUGUGAUGGCAAAUGAUAAAAAAUGGCGUAAGCCAGCCGGUUCUUACCGCAAGUGAAUCAACGGUAUCACCCUUGAACAAUAAAUUUCAUCAUACUCUACAUGAUAAAUAAAAUAUUAAUUGACGUACUAUGGCUCAUCAGUUGUUAUCAUCGGCAUGUAAAUUGGAGAGAUUUGUGUUAAAAUCAGUGCAGAAUGGUCGUAUUAAUCGUACUGAGCUCAACCGAACUUUAUCAUUACUGAAGCAUGAUCCAAGAUUAUCGGUGCUUGAGCGCUCAUUACAGCAACAAUGGAAAUUAUUAUCAGAGAAGGUUCCAAAAGGAUUUGAAAAAUUCUUUAAGCCAGGUGGUGUUAAAGAGCCACCGAAAUCAGCUGAGGAAGCUCCGAAGGAGGCUAAGUCAGCUGAGAGCGGACAGAAAUCCACAACUCCUCCUCUCAAACCACCUCCCUUAAGACCCAAGGAAACACCAGUAGAUCAAUUUUUAUCGGGAUUAUUCGGCUCCAGUAAUAAAAGCGGUGGUGGAGGACCGGGGGGUAGCAAACCCUUCGACGGAAAUGACAGAGAUAAGUGGAUCAUUGCCGGGAUCAUUGGAGCUGUCGGUGUUAUUGGAGCCAUGGCCUUCUUCGAUGUUGGAAGCAAAGAAAUCACAUGGAGGGAAUUUGUAUACAGUUAUUUGAAUAGAGGUAUAGUCGAAAAAUUAGAGGUUGUCAAUAAAAAAUGGGUACGAGUUCGGUUAUUACCUGGUCAGAGUGUUGAUGGCUCAACAUCACUGUGGUUUAAUAUCGGCAGUGCCGAUACAUUCGAGAGAAAUCUCGAGAACGCUCAACUAGAGUUGAACAUUGAGCCACAGAAUCAUCUUCCAGUUAUUUAUAAAUCAGAAGUUGAAGCAGGAACGAUUAUUUCAUAUCUUCCAACACUUCUCAUCAUUGGACUGCUGAUAUCUGCAAUGCGUAGAUCCGCUUCAUUUAUGGGUGGCAAAGGUGGAAAAGGAGGUGGACUGUUUGGUGGUGUCAUGGAGUCUACAGCAAAGUUGAUUAAUUCUAAUCAAAUUGGUGUCAGAUUCAAGGAUGUGGCUGGCUGUGAAGAAGCGAAAAUCGAAAUAAUGGAAUUCGUAAAUUUUCUCAAGAACCCUCAACAGUAUAUAGACUUGGGUGCCAAGAUACCCAAAGGAGCAAUCCUCACAGGCCCCCCUGGCACUGGUAAAACACUCCUGGCGAAGGCAACGGCUGGUGAGGCUAACGUUCCAUUCAUCACAGUGUCUGGGUCGGAGUUCCUGGAAAUGUUUGUCGGCGUAGGUCCGUCAAGGGUUCGUGAUAUGUUCGCUAUGGCUCGUAAACACGCUCCUUGUAUAUUAUUCAUCGACGAGAUUGAUGCAGUUGGGAGAAAACGUGGGGGGAGAAAUUUUUCGGGACACUCAGAGCAGGAGAAUACUUUGAAUCAGCUUUUGGUCGAGAUGGAUGGUUUUAAUACAACGACAAAUGUAGUAGUGCUAGCAGCAACCAACAGAAUUGACAUUUUGGACAAAGCGCUAUUGCGUCCAGGUCGUUUCGACAGACAGAUAUUCGUGCCAGCCCCUGAUAUUAAGGGUCGUGCAUCGAUAUUCAAAGUUCACUUGAAGCCUCUGAAAACGACACUCGACAAAGAAGCACUGGCACGAAAAAUGGCAUCAUUAACUCCCGGUUUCACUGGAGCUGACAUUGCCAAUGUGUGUAACGAGGCAGCUCUCAUAGCAGCUCGUGAUCUCUCAAAUAAUAUUGAGAUGAAGAAUUUCGAGGCAGCCAUUGAUAGAGUUGUGGCUGGCAUGGAGAAGAAGACCAAUGUCCUCCAGCCUGAGGAGAAGAAAACAGUGGCUUAUCACGAGGCCGGGCAUGCUGUUGCGGGAUGGUAUCUCGAGCACGCAGAUCCCAUUCUCAAAGUAUCAAUCAUUCCUCGUGGCAAGGGACUCGGUUAUGCACAGUACUUGCCUCGCGAGCAGUAUCUCUACUCUACCGAGCAAUUGUUCGAUCGUAUGUGUAUGACACUCGGUGGUCGUGUCUCCGAGGAGAUAUUUUUCAACAGAAUAACCACAGGUGCACAGGAUGAUUUGCAGAAAAUAACAAAAAUAGCGUACUCACAGAUAACGAGUUAUGGAAUGAACGAAAAAGUAGGCCAGAUCAGUUUUGAACAACCUCAACCUGGGGAAAUGGUCCUGGAUAAACCCUACUCGGAGUUUACUGCACAAAUGAUCGAUCAGGAAGUCAGGGACCUCAUUAAAAAGGCAUAUGAACGAACGAAGGAGCUUCUGGUGAAGCACAAAGAUGAUGUGUCCAAGGUAGGUGAAAGAUUACUCGCCAAGGAAAUUCUAAGCAGAGACGACAUGAUUGAAUUACUGGGACCACGACCCUUCCCCGAGAAAUCCACGUACGAGCAAUUUGUCGAGGGUACAGGCUCCUUCGAGGAAGACACCUCCCUACCGGAGGGCCUCAAAGACUGGAACAUCUCAAAAGACAGUACAGGUAAAGAAUCAGGUGAUAAAGAUGGUAAGGAGAAGAAAGAACUACUCCCCGAGGACAAAGUGCCCGCGGCAUCGACAAAACCACCCAAGGAUGAAUCCCAACCGAGAUUGUAAUUAAGUUUCUCGUCCACCUGUAGAUUCUAGUUCUUCUCGUGUACCUCGUACUUUGUAUAAUAGUUUAACGAAAAAUAUAUCGUACAUUAAUUGACAGUUUGUUUUACACGAUUGCCGGGAUUUAUCAUUUACGCCACACAUUGAGGAUGAAUAACAACUACACCAUUUGUAUUAUUGAAAUAUUUUAUUUGGGAAAUCGAGCGAAUACGAAACGUUCCUUUUGCAACGUAUAAUUUAAUAAAGUUUACAAAUUUUCCUCGAUGCAAUUAAAA